GCCAAAUUUAAUCGAAAUCAGUUCAGAUAUAGCUAUAGCUCCCAUAUAUAUUGUUUAACCGAUUUUUUAUUUUUGUCCCCCGCACCCGUAAUAUGCACUCUAUAACUACAAUACUUGGGGAAAUAUAUCGAAUACAGGUCAGAAAUAACUUUGCUAAAUUUUAUCCAGAUCGGGACAGAUUUGGAUAUAGCUCUCAUAUAUAAUUUCGUCCGAUUUGCUUUUUAUUGUGCACCAAACGUGUAAUAUUAGACCAAAUGGGAUGGAAUGUGGCACUUGCGACCGGAUUUAGUCUAGAAGCUAGUACAUCUAAUUUCGUGAAGAUCGGUUCAGAUAUAACCAUAGCUCACAUAGAAAUCGUUCAUCCGAUUUGUUAUAUUUGUUCCCCACAGCCGUACACUGAAAGAAAAAGCUUCAUACUAUAAAUGAAAUCCUACGUUCCGUUAACGAAAUUUGUUAUUGAUUUUGAACCAACGUAGAGGUUCAUUGAAUAAAUGAAAAAAGUUCCAUUGAGUUUCAUUAAUGUAAAAUUAAUGAACUUGUUUAUUAAUAUAAUGAAGAUUCUUCCUUGAUUCAGUGAAAUUUGUCGUUGUGCAUUUGUUUGUAACAGGUAGGAAUACGCGAGAUAAACCCUACUUUUUGGAUGUUCUUUAUAAAAUCACGUUAUGAGUCGGUUUAUACAUGUUAGCAAGUCUGACCGUCUGCCCAUGUAUUUUUAUGAACAAAAUGCAGAUCGCCUUUAUUGUCCAAUUGAUAUAAUUUUCGAUGUAUCAUCUGUUUGGUCUAAGAACUAACUCCAUUACCUAACGUUUCAUCCAUUUCAUAAAACUGCUUCAUAAAAUUGGAGCACAAAUUUAAAUAUAACAAUUAUCACAAAUUUCCCACUAAUUUAGUUGCGUAUUUGUUUGUAUAAGACAGCGCUAUUUUGUAUAAUAUCUUUCUAUAUUCACAUUUUUUACUGAAUUUUGUAAAAGUAAGUAGUUUCGUAACAUUAAUAUAUUCAAUGGAACCAAAAAUCAUUGAAUUUAAAAGCAACGUAAGUUUUCAUUGCAUGAACAAAAAAAUUAUUAUAUUAAUGUAGCUUUUCAUUGCAUCAAUGAAAAAAAAUUAACGAAACCGGUUCAUUGAUAAAACGAAGCAUUUUUCUUUCAGUGCACUCCGUAACAACGAUAUUCAGGGUCAUAUAUCAAAUACUGCUCAGAAAUAUCUAUGCCAAAUUUUAUCGAGAUCGGUUCAGAUUUGUAUAUAGCUCCCAUAUAUAUCUUUAUCCGAUUUCAAGUUAAUUGUGCACCAAAUGAACAAUACAAGCCCCAAUUGAAAAGAUACAAAUUCUUCGGCAAAAUUAUAAUCAUAGUUUGCAUGAUUUAAUUAUUCCACAAAACUUUUAAUUGUUAUGUGAAGCUCUAAUAAAUAUCCAAAGUGGUGUAGGGUAUCAUAAAGUCAGCCCCGCCCGACUUUAAGUCUUUCUUUUUCGUUACAUAAACCAAAAAUACAAGGCGAAAAAGCUUUAUUGUGUUUGUCACUCACAGAAACAAACCUGCACUACAAAAACCCAAAAUAUAUUUUCUUUCGCUAAAAUUACAAACGAAAGGAAACAAGAAUGUUGCAAAAACAGGCUGUAAGUUGUUAUGUUAUUUUUUUAUUGUUAGCCUACUUAGCUAGAUUCCGUCACACAUUCCAAGCUUCAUUGAAAUUUGACAUACAUAGCGUGUUCGGAAAGAGCCACCAAUCCUCAUCAGUUCCCUUGUUUUUUGCCUGGGAUAUUCUCCCCGAGGUAAUUUUAAAAUAACUCCUAUGACAAAAAACCUUUUUACCCAAGUGACAAGAUCGUAGCUCAAUAGAAGAGGAUCCAAAUAAUUAUAUAAAACUAAAAAAAAACUAAUUCUUUGAAAAAUCUUCUAAAUCUUACAACCGCCCUUAUCAACAUUUACAUCUUUCUCCACUUGUUAUGCUUUCGUUUUACCUCAACGAAAAAACAUAACAAUGUAAGUUGGUUUUGUCUGGUACAAAAAAAAAAAAAUUUUUCCUCAUUUCUGCCAAAUUUCGUAAAUUGCUCCCAAUUUCAUUGGAAUCUGUCAUACUUAUCGUGUUUGAUGCAUAAUAUACAUGUAUCGGCCGAAAAUAUAUAUGGGGGCUAUAUCCAAAUCAGAAAUUUAUGUUUGUUUCAAAUUUCGUUACCCAUUCUUAAUUUCAUUGAAAUUAGAGAUACAUAGCGUGUUUGGUGCAACAAACACAUGAAAUCGGCCGAAAUUAUAUGGGAGCUAUAUCCAAAUCAGAACCGAAUUAAACAUAAUUUGACAAAUACAUUUUUAGGCCAAACUCCAUCUUACAUUCCAAAUUUCAUUGCAAUUGGGGGGUGUUUGGUGCAUCAAAUACAGGAAAUCGUCCGAAAAUAUAUAUAUGGGAGCUUUAUCCAAGUCUGCACCGAUUUCAAUAUAAUUUGGCACCUAAAUAUUUUGACCAAUUCCAUUACACAUUGCAAUUGUUAUUGAAAUUUGACAUACACAGCGUGUUUGAUGCAUCUAAUACAGGAAAUCGUCCGAAAAUAUAUAUGGGAGCUUUCUCCGAUUUCAAUAUAAUUCGGCAUUAAUUUGGCAAACUUAUUUUUGUUCCAAAUUGCGUAGCACAUUCCAAAUUUAGAGACUGUGUCUAUAAUCGAUCAAUAGAUAUGUGCAUAUAAAAUCUAAAUGUUUGGGAGGUACAUCCGAUUCUGAUGCUUUAUCUCCAGAUCGAAGUGGCAUUUCAUACAUAGCCUAUAUAACUUUCGGGCCAUUUUGCAGUAUAUAUGGAAAAUUUCCGAAAAAUCCUUUUAGCGGCUUUUGAGUCCAUUAGUUACAAACAAAAAUCAAUCAAAUAUACAAACAUUUUCAUCUUUUAUAGAUAUAGAAACGUGCCGGAGUUGGACUAUACCGACCUUCACCUCAUAUGAGAUAUGUGAUAAUUUUUGGAAACUGUCAAAAUAGGCGUGAGCAAUUGGGCAUUCCGGUGCUGCUGGUUGUACUGUUAUUUGGAAGUAUUACUUUUGCCAGGACAGGAAGGGCGGAUGAUACCGAGGAAAACGAAUACUCAAUACAUCACCACAACUAUGAGGAACAACAGUCGGAAUCGACCAGUCCCGAUCUGCAUGCACAAGAAUCGGGUAAAGUCGAGUUUAAGAUUCAUCCCGACCCGAACAGCAAUAUAGAGCCCGGCAAAAGGGGCUCACACAAACAUGGACACACAGCCAUACUGAAGCCCAUCAAUCGCCGCAAGAAACACAUCCUGCUAAAGGUUCAGCCAAGACACAAGAAGCCCAUCCAUAAUUCCCAGCCAGCUCAGCAAAAUACUCAACCAGAUGAGGUCAAGGUCUUCCAUACAUACGAAGAGACGCACGAGCACAUUAUCGAAAAGGACGAAGAACAACUUGCCGGUCCCCAAGCUGAUACUCAAACGCCAGAGGCUACCGAACAAUUAGAAAUUCAAGCGGAACAACAAUUUUCCGAUCCAAUAACUCAAGAAACUCAACAUUUCCACUCUGAGGAGGAAAAACACGAGAAGCACAAAAAAAUUAAAGUUAAACACCAUCAUCACCACCACCAUCACAAUCACAUCAAGGAGAUUAUAAAGAAAAUUCCCGAACCAUACCCCGUGGAGAAAAUCGUCCACGUACCCGUCGAGAAGUUAGUUGAAAAAGUCGUGCAUGUCCCCAAGCCGUAUCCGGUGGAAAAAAUCAUUAAAGUGCCGGUUGAGAAACUGGUUCAUGUCCCUAAGCCAUAUGCCGUGGAGAAAAUUGUAGAGAAAAAGGUUCCAUAUCCGGUAGAAAAAAUCGUGGAAAAAAUUGUCCACGUGCCUGUAGAAAAAAUUGUGGAAAAAAUAAUCCACAUCCCAAAACCGUAUCCGGUGGAGCGAAUUGUGGAGAAGAUUGUUCACGUACCCGUCGAAAAGAUCGUGGAGAAGAAGGUCCCAUAUCCGGUGGAAAAAGUUGUCCACGUGCCCGUCGAGAAGGUGGUGGAGAAAAUCGUACACGUUCCCAAACCGUAUGCCGUUGAGAAAAUCGUCAAUAAGCUGGUAGCUGUGCCCAAGCCCUAUGCCGUUGUCAAACCCGUUCCUUACCCAGUCGAAGUAAAAGUUCCAAUACAUGUUGAGAAACCAGUUCCAUAUGAGGUGGAAAAAUACGUGCCGGCUCCGUAUAGAGUUGAGGUCGAGAAAAAGGUUCCAGUGUACAUACACUCAAAGGAGCCCUACAAGUUUGAGCGUUCCCAGCACUCGGACCACACCAAGAACAAUGACGACGAUUUUAUUGAUCACGAACACAAGGGUCUGGAACAGCAUAGUCAAGAAAUUGAGUCAUACAGUCAACACUCGCACGACCUGUCUGUGUUUCCCUCAAACCAUAAGCCGAGAUUAAGCAAACUGCAAAGUGAAGAAACUCAGGAAACCCAGCAGCAAACCAGACAGGCUCAAGCGAUUCGUGGCGAGCUAAUACGCCAACAGCAGCAUCAACAACAGCAACAAGCUCAAUUCCAGCAACAGCAACAAGCUCAAUUCCAACAACAGCAACAAGCUCAAUAUCAUCAACAGCAACAAAGUCAAUACCAACAGCAGCAACAAACUCAAUUUCAACAACAACAUCAACAAAUCCAGGGUCAGCUACGUUCCCAGGAGCCCGCGACCCAAGAGAGCCAAAACAUUGAAGUAUCCAUACCGCCAAAGACAAAUCCCAAAUUUCACAUCAACGUUGAGGAGACCGCUGAAACGGCUAACCAGUCGCCAGCGUCGGAUAUGCAAACACAGGCGUCGACCAAUUCGCUACAAAUGGUAACGCGGAUUCAACAAAUCGCCCUGCCCUUCCACUUCCUUCAAUACCACCACGUGCCGUUUCAACAACCUCUCGGUUUCUCCUUGACGCCCAACAAGAAAUAAGGCAAUACUCAUCACCGAGAAAACAAUGAUGCGUUUAGUUUAGGGAUAGUUUAGACGAUAAGUUUAAUUUAAAACAAUAUAAUUUAGUUUAAAUCGAUUUUACAUCGUGAAUUGUUAAUAAAAAGCAAUAAGUUUAAAUAUCUCCAAAUCCAUAUGUGAUCUAUUAAUUUUUAUCUACACAGCGAAUCAAAUGUCGGUGCUCCGACAAGUGUGCUCAAACUCUGAAGUUUUGUCAGGCACGUUUAGCCGACGUAUUUCCGAAUUCUGUGUGAUUUAUCCGAGGGGGUUUCUCUUGUUUUUUUUUUUUCGCUUAUUUCUCUUUGAAGAGGUUUGCUAUGAUUUUCUUGAAUAAUAAGUAAAAACAUAUCAGUCAAAUAAAUUUU